AUGUUAGGAGCAUUCUUGACACCAGUCUCCAAGCCACCCAACUUGGCCCUAACCCUUGACACCACGCCCGACACCAGUGGCGUAGCGCCACGCACCAAAGAUCGCUUAAGUGACACAUUCCACCAGCGAGUAUAUAGGCGCCGUGUCCCCCCGAGAAUUGACAAGGAUCCACCUUCACCCCCUCUACAACCACAACCCGACUUUCUCGCUAUGGCAGCCGAUAUGAAUACUGUUGCUCGCGCCCAUGCCUCGAUGGCUAUCAACCUCGAAAGAAUGCAAAACAUCCCAGUCUUCAAUCAGGGAGCAGAGAUUCUUGAAGCCAUCAGGCAAGGUUUUAAGGCGGUCAACAGUCCUUUCCAUGCAAUCGACUCUCGCCGCCAUGAACUCGAACGAAAUCAAUCAGCGUUAUCUAAUCCAUCUCAUCUGGAAUGGAGGAAAUCCAGCGAGGAGCGAAGCGACAAGCGACACGACCCAGCGCUUAAGCUGCCUCGGGUUGAACCCUUACCCUUGACACCUACGCCACAUACCCAGGGUUAUAGGACGAUCAAUAUGUCUAAUCGCUCACUGGGACGCAACGUCCACAUCUACGAUGCAAGCGAUCCGACAGGCCCGGUUCUUGGGGGCCUCAUUCUUACUAACGGUGUGACAAACGUCAACCUCUACUCGAUGGUGGAUAUCAUCCUCAUCCUUAGUAGUAUCUAUCAUCUACAAGAUGCAGGUGGCAGCCAGGUUGACAGGGAUGAUCAUCCGCUGCAGCCCGGUAAUUACUAUGUUGUCACUGAUGGUUCGAUCUCGAUCAACAAUGAGAUUUGCCUUACCCGUACCAUUUCUCUGGGUACUGGUACUCUAGUCGCAUCCUUUAGGAAUGCCGUCCGCGACCGGGAUCGUCGGUGCGUUAUCACUGGGGAAGAGGCGGUCAAUGCCGAUCUUGGCGAAUGGGGUGGCUUCGAGGCUGCCCACAUCUUUCCGCUGGCCUACGAACACGACUGGAAGUAUGAUCGCUGGAUUACCAUCGACUCGACUGAUGGAAGAUCCAUCAACUCGGUCCAGAAUGGCAUACUGCUCAGAUCUGACAUUCAUGUCCUGUUUGAUAGGUACAAUGUGUCCAUCAACCCUGACGAUGACUAUAAAAUCGUCUGUUUCCUCAGGGAUUCGAAGGGUAUAGCUGGGAAACAUCUUGACCAACGGCUCCGUGACGAUCCUCGUAGGCCAGUCGACGAGCUGUUGCGCUGGCAUUUCAGACAGGCUGUCCUGGCUAAUGUGAGGCUCGUAGGUGAGCCUAUAUUCGAGGUUGAUUUCCCACCGGGUUCUGACAUGAUUGGUGAGAUUCUCAGCGGUCCUAAGGCUGGGGAGAGGAUGGAAUACGAGCUUUUCAGUCGUUUGGUUGGAGUCACGUGA